GACGCUUGGCGGGUUUUGAUUUGGUCUUACCGAGGUGCAGGUAAAACCCAGGCGAGAGCUUGCGUGGACCAGGAAUGCGCGGAAAAAAAAACAUUUCACCAAAGGGACUAUAAUGCUUUCGCAUGCCCACACUGCUUGUUCCUGCCCAAACAAGCGAACGCACUUCAAGGUCUUGCUCCUGGAGAAGUAGGACUGAACCACAAAUCAUGCGGCAUCGCAUCUGUAGAUUACCGAAUUGUAAACGGGCUUGUAGCUGACAUCGAAAGGUUCCCAUGGCUGGUGUUCCUGCAAGUCCGCUACCGGACCAUACUUACUCGAUGUGCCGGAUCAAUUUUGACUGCAAGGCACAUCCUGACGGCCGGCCACUGCACGAUUUGGACCAACAACCAGAAGGCCACGAGUAUCGUGAUGCUGUACGGCGCGUCAAAGUUCUCCACGGGCACCAAGGUAGUGGUGAAGCAUUUUUACCGACACGAGGAGUUCGACUUCCAGACGUUCAAGAACGACCUGGCUAUUCUCCUGCUGGAUACACCGAUCAAGCUAGGUCCCAAGGCGCGCACCAUCUGCCUGCCCCAGUCACCCCUGAACCUCGUCGGGGAGACCGUGGUCGUCGCCGGGUGGGGAGUCACCAGCGAGAAUGGCACCGGUUCACCUGUGCUGCGGUACACAACCCAGGUGGUCUGGAGCUUGGAGAAAUGCAUACACGGCCUGGGAGGAAUCGCCUUCUUCAAACCGCACCAGAUAUGCGCCUACAAGAAAGGCUCGGACGCCUGUCAGGGCGACUCGGGUGCCCCGCUGAUGCUCAAGCGUGGCAACACCUAUGAGCUUGUGGGCCUAGUGUCUUUCGGAGACGGUUGCAACCUCGAGGGUGUGCCGGGAGUCUACACAAACAUCGAGCCGUACAUCCCCUGGAUACGGCACGCCCUCCAGGCAACGGACCAAUACGACCACACAUGAGCGAAUAAACAAAACUUUAUUUUACGUCACACUAAGUUUGUGACGCAAUACAGACGAAAAAAAAAUGGCUCAGCGCGUGUUGCUUGCCCAAUAA